AUGGCGCAAUGGGAGAACUUCAAUGACAUCUUCAAUUUCAACAAGAAAUUCUCAUAUGAUUCAAAGGUGGUUGAUCAGAUAAUCUCCAAUCGCAAAGCGUUGGAGAAUCAGCUUUUUGCCGAUCGACUGCUGGGCGUUGCGGGAAUCAAAGCAGCAUCAAAGGCCUACCCUCCUAAGACCAACGAUGAUCUCCGAUCUUUGAUUGAGAAGAUUGUCUCCUCGGAACUGGAUAUUCAUCACAAGCAGGCCUUGAUCUAUUACAUUUUGAAAGAUUGUCGCAGUGCGCCUGACGCUGCUUCGCGUUUUGCGCGAGAAUGCCAUCUUCCCGAAAAGUACCGUCUGUUUAUUGAGGGUCUCUGGAACCUAGAUCGGCUAGAAUUCCGACGCGCAAUUGAAUUACUCACUGAACCAUCCCUCAUUCCAACCUUCCCGGACGAGAUUCUCUACGUCUUGACCUUGCCGCAUCUUCCCAAGCAUGACGACGGCCUUGCCAUCGCCUACUAUCACACCACCGCUCCUCCCCUGGCAGGUCCCAAUGUGCAACGAGCCUUCUUCGAAACCCUAUGUCGAUCCAAUGUCACCGAGGCAUUCUUCUUCACGAGGAAGUGGGAUGAGUGCCAGCGCCGGCUCUACUUUGACCAGCUAGUUGAAUUUGUGUUGAAAACGCCCGCUGGGCAGACAAGGAGCAGGCGCGCCAUGGAACUUGUCGGUCUGCCAUUCGGUGAAGACGAAGAGGACUGGUUUGAGGAGAUCUUGCUUCACGGAACGGCUAGGACUCUCCCGGGGGCCAAAGAUACAGUGAUGAUGCGCCGACUAGCUACUGGGCGGGUUACCGGGCUUGAAAACGAGUUGGAGGCACUGGGUGGCAAGAAGGUAGAUGGGCUAAACUGGGACACAUUGCGACACAGCAUGCGCCAAACACAACACUAA